AUGCGACACGGACACGGAACCCAAGCGUACCCUGACGGGAGCGUGUACGAGGGGGAGUGGAAGCGCAAUGCACGCCACGGCAACGGCUGCAUGCGAUACAGCACGGGCGACAUCUAUGAAGGUGCGUGGAGCGACGGCACGCCGUGCGGGAACGGGGUAAUGGGCUGGGUAGACCGCAGCGGCUGCUUUUACCGAGAGUUGUACAAGGGCGAGUGGAAGGCAGGGUGUCCGGACGGCAGCGGCGUGUCCAGGUAUAUCGCCAUGCCAAAGGAGUGCUUCCUUGGGUCAUCCUCCACUCCGCUCGUGGCACCGUCCCAGUACGCCGCGCCUGCCGAGGCACUCUUGAACGUGUACGUUGGUGCGUACCGCCACGGACAACGCCACGGCCGAGGGAUUUUCUACUACGCAGACGGCAGCUGCUACGAGGGUGGGUGGGCUGCGGGGGUCAAAAGCAGAGACGGUCACUUCACCUCUGCGGUUGGAGAAGUGCAGGAGAUAAACGCAACAUCGGAGCAAGACGCAGAAGCUGCAGAAGAGGCAGUGGCGGCGCUGACCCUGGAAGAAUCACCAUCUUCCGUGGUACCCUCCGUGUCACCUCGCGGCUUGGGCAACCUCCUCGAGACCGAGGACAAUCUGCAGGUGACAAUGCACCUGCUUGUGCUACGCUACAAUACAACGCUGAAAACCCUCUUCAAGGACUACAGCCAUCGAAGUGCGCAUGUGGCCUUGCCUACAACGCGCAGCGACUGGUGGCAGCACCGGUUGCCAGGUCGUAUGACGCUCACGCAGUGCCUGUACCUCCUCCACGACGCACACAUACUUGGCUCGCACUUCUCGAUUGGUGCCGCGUUGCGCGCAGUAGCCGAGGUGCUCCGCGUGGAGGCUGAGACGUGGAAAGGUGCAAGGGCGGCAACCACCCUGGCGGCAACCCUCUCCUUAGUGAACGAGGCGGAGGGCACUCUCAACUACCGUCAAUUCUGCGAGUGGCUAAUCCGCGUCGCGGUGACGGUGAAUGGCGGACCAACGUCCACGACAGUGAAGGCGAAGGUGAGCGCUUUGCUGGAUGGUUCGCUCAGCCACGUCUCCGAGGCAUCGUCACGCGCGGUGGCUGCCGCCUUUCUGCCCAACUCUCUACAGCACACGGAGGACGUGCACCAUCACCUCAGUUCCCUGAAGCGCUGCUACGCCGAGCUUCAAAGCGUGAAGGACGGGGGUAGAUACGGUGUGUCUCUGCGCUCCUGCCUGACAGCCAUGAAGGGAACGCUUGCGAAGUGCCAGAUUAGUUCUGCAUGUGUCCUGGAGAAGCUGGCGUGGCUGAAGGAUGAGUCGGAGUCGAGAUACAGCACUGCUCCGGACGCGAAGACAGUCGCUGAAGAGCCCUCCUUGGCACAGGAGAUAGUGACCUCCGCCAUGGCGAGGAACAGGCAAGUGCAGCAACUGGACGAGAAUGCCGGAACGGAGCAGUCUUUUGUGGAGUUUGUGGAGACGGUAAUGACGAUUGUCGAGGUUGCGCGUCAUCGCGGCUGCACGAAUGCGGAUGGGUUGCUGGUCGACCUUCAGCGCCGUUUGUUUGCCCAGUAG